AUGGAAGCAGUAAUGGGGUACUGCAGUAAUGAGUUUGGAAUGGAGGAAACAAAUUCAAAUAGUGUAGAGUUCGGAAUGGGAGAAUCAAGUGUUAUUGGAAUUGAAACUGCGGCCAAUUCUGUAAAUGCUCCUAAACCACUACUAGGAAUGAAGUUUAAUAGUCAUGAAGAAGCUUAUAACUAUUAUAACUCUUAUGCAUUGCCAUUUUCGGUGAGAGACCCUAGUGGAUGUAAGGCAAUGAUAACUAAUAAGUUCAGUCUUCCAUUUGCUCCAUUUACUGGUGUAAAUCAACAUAGGCAGUCCACUUUACUUGGUUGUGCAUUAUUAGCCGAUGAACAGGAAGAUACCUUUGUUUGGUUAUUUGAAGAAUGGCUGAAAUGCAUGCACGGCAUUGAACCAGGUGCUAUUAUAACAGAUCAGGAUAGAGCAAUGUGUAAUGCUAUUCACUUAUGUGAAGGGUAUUGGCUUGAGAUGAAGGAGAAAUUUGAUAUAAAUGAAGAAGAUGAAGGAUGGUUGCAAACAGUUUACAAAUGUCGAGAACAUUGGGUGCCAUGCUAUUUGAAGGAUACUUUUUUUGCUGGAAUGAUAUCAAGCCAAAGGAGUGAAAGUAUUAAUUCUUUUUUUGAUGGGUAUGUUAACUCACAGACUCAAUUACAAGAGUUUGUGACACAAUAUGAAAAAGCAGUAACUCACCGUCGAUUAAGUGAAGCCCAUGAAGAUUUUAAGAGUCUUAACACAAAGCCUGUCAUGCUCCUUGGACAUCCAAUUGAGGUCCAAGUUGGAGAAAUUUAUACACGCAAUAUGUUUGCUGUGUUCCAAACUGAAUUCAAAGGAUUUGGUACAGAGUUUUGUGAAGAAUUGAGAAAAGAUGGAGACAUUGUUGAAUACCAGGUCUGUAAGUUUACAGAUAGAGGAAAAUGGGAGGUGGUUACUUAUGACCAGUCUAGUCAUUUGCAGUUCAUUUGCACUUGUGUUUUGUUUGAAACCAAUGGUGUUGUAUGUAGACAUAUAUUAUCAUUAAUGAUGGCUAGACAAAUGGAUUCAUUACCCGACCAUUACAUCCUACAUCGUUGGACUAUACAUGCUCGACAUCGUAACAUUGGGGUUAGCAACAUUGUAUUUGGAAAAAAUAUCACAAGCUGUGAAGAGAAGAUUAAUUUAUUGAAAUCUUGGGCUUUAAGAGCAAAAUUCAAUAAUGCGCUCGAGCUUGCACUUGAUUCAGAAGAGAAGAUGCAAAAAUUAGAUGAUGUGUUAACAAAUUUCAUAGAGUCAAUUGAAGAAGAAGUUAGAGAGACUCGAGUUCAAAUGGAGGAUAUUCCUCAGAUUACCGCACCCAUUUCACAUACAAUGGAGCACAUUCCUCAGAUUACAGUUCGUGAUCCUGAUAGACCUGCAAGGACUAAAGGUCGUCCACGCAAUGCUACUAGAAUCCAAUCAGGUUUAGAACAAGCACAAGAAAAGAAAGAAAGGAAGAAACGCAUAUGUAGCAGAUGUGGUGAACUCGGGCAUUAUAGGACUAGCUGUAAAGUCAACUUGCAAAGCUAA